CAGGUGAACACCAGCCGUUGAUUACGGUGUAAAUGGACCAUGGGGAAGGACCAGGAGCUGCUAGAGGCAGCGAGAAGCGGAAAUGUCACCGUGGUCGAGAAGAUUUUGGGUCAACGAGCGAAGAGGAGUGGUCCACUGGCAAGCCUGCGGCGGGGUCCGGGGGCUAACGUGCAAGACCCUAGUGGAUAUUCCGCCCUUCAUCACGCAGCUUUAAAUGGACACAAGGAGGUGGUAAAGUUAUUGCUCCAAUAUGAGGCUUCCACUAACGUCGUCGAUACUAAAGGCUCUUCGCCGCUUCAUUUGGCAGCUUGGGCGGGCGACGCUGAAAUCGUGCGGUUAAUUCUUACCCAAGGACCUUCGGUACCCAAAGUGAAUCUUACGACGAAGGACAACGAGACAGCGUUGCACUGUGCUGCACAGUAUGGGCACACGGAAGUGGUGGCACAGCUGUUGCAAUACGGAUGCGACCCCAGUAUCCGCAACAGCCGUGGAGAAUCUGCGCUCGAUCUCGCUGCACAAUAUGGCAGACUGGAAACCGUGCAAUUACUCGUCAGCACGUACCCAGAGCUGAUCGUGCCUCUUCGGAACUCUUCCUCGUCGGUGAUCUUUCCGCACACUCCUCUGCAUUUGGCUUCGCGAAAUGGUCACAGAGCCGUCGUGGAGGUGCUGCUUGCCGCAGGCGUGGAUGUCAACACGAGGACAUCCGCGGGUACCGCGAUGCACGAGGCGGCGCUCUGCGGGAAAAUGGAAGUGGUGAGGACCCUUCUGGAUCGAGGAAUCGACUUGGCCAUUCGAGACUCGCGGCAAAACACGGUGCUCGAUCUUCUGGGGCAGUUCCCGCCGCACGUCACACAGGACAUCACGGCGGUGAUCAAAAGGCACAGGUCUUCCUCAGGCGUGGAGAGCGACGCCGACAGUGAAAACUUGCCACCGAUUCCGGUCCAGGGUGGCGAUUCAUUGGGCAGCCCUUACGAGAACGUGCGCCCGGGGGAUGAUCUUUCCCCGGCGGAAGGGACGUCGCCCACUCAAUGGCAGUUCUAUCAUAAGCCUCGGGACGACGAUCGCCGCGUUUCCGGCACUUCCGUUACGUCUUUUGGAAACGGCCAGAUGGGACCAGUAAACGGAGUACGGAGGACCCUCCAGCAGACAGAGGACUCUGACCCCAGUUCCAUCUACGACAGCGUCUUUAUGUCCAUGUCCGACACUCUCAACUCGAUAAAUACUCUCGAAAGUUCCGAUCAAACUCCCGACGACAAACCACAAAACAUUACCACCAACAGAAUACCGUUACCACAGCGCGACACCACACGGGGUUCCGACAACGGAUUGUACCAAACGCCACCGGUACCUCGAGGAACAAUGGAGGGUAGCUUCGUGUCGGAGGAUCUGUCCUUGACAUUACCCACGGGAUACGGGGGUGGCAGGGAGUCGGACCAAUUGAGCGUCUCCUCGUCCUCGAGCGUCGGUGGACCGAGCCCACGGGACCGGCAUUGUUUGCCCAACGAUUCCAGCGCCGCCGGGAUUUACUUGCCAAUGGCACCCUUGUCCAGUUCUCUCCACAGCCCCGCCUCUAACAAUAAAGUCUCGCCUACGCCGCCGAAGAAACCGCCCAGACGCAACCUGUCCGUGUCCCCGACGCACCUGCAGACCCAGAUGUCAUUGUCGGCGGAUUGCUCGGUGGGUCCACCGUACGAGUACUUGUUCAUGGCGCGAAGCGGUGCCCGCAGCCACAUCGAUCUCGAGCAGCUGCAAAAACGUCGGGAACAAUUGCGUCACGUAACCAGGAGCGUGGACCAAUACGUGGAGAUGAAGUCGCGGGUGCCGGACGGCGAGGAAAGACGCGAUCCGAACGUGGAGCCUGUCGCCAUCACGUCCAUCUACGAGAAUAGGCCGAUCAAGACGUUGAACCCGCGACGAAAACUGCGCAGACACGCUUUCGAGAAUUACGAGCCGGGGAGUAGCCCCUGCACGGACAGAUCCCCGUGCAGCGAGAUCGAUUCGCUGGGCCAGGAGCAGACGUUCGUGUCGAACGCCUUUCUCACCCUGAAGUCGUCUCAGGAGAGCCUCCUGGACGAGAAACGCGACACGAACGACGAGCACUCGGCCACCGAGGGUCGCGAGGCGACGGACAAGCGCCUGAAACGAGUACAAAUGAUGCUGCCCACGAGUCCCACGCACUACGUCCAGCCGCCGACGCCAGAUCACCCCCCGCCGUCGGCGAUGCAAGCGGAGAAGUUCAUCCACGAGAGGAUUCGCCCGUUGAGUCAGGUAUACAAACGGAGGUCCCGCGACAUGGAAACGGAAACGGACGAGGAUUUAUUGCAGUUUCCAGCCGGUGGCUCCCUAGACGCGUCCAGUGGCUCGUUGUCGAGCGUCUCUCUGUCGGACAAGAGCAUGUCGACGGACAACGUCGAGGAGUACUUCGGAGAUGUGCCGUUCGCAGGUUUGUUAAAAGGAUCCAUGACGGCCGAACGACCGCGUACGCUGCGUCGUUUGCGGAACGUUUACGGGCCGGCUGCAUGCGGAAUGGGAACCGGGGGCGAGGUUGGAGGCGGAGAACGUAUCGAUGACGGAGAGGUCCCGUUUCGAUUAUCCGAUCGCGAUCGUGAAAGGGACGAGAAGUCCCUUAGUAUAAUGAGCCCCUUCGACGAGCAGGAGGAAUGGGCAAAGAUUUCCGAGAUCAUGGCGUCCAUCGGGACAGGCCUCGUCAGGGAGUCCGUUUUCGUCACCGAGCUCGAGAAGGAGUUCCAAACGAGACUAGGUCUGAGUUCGGACACCAGCAGCAGCCCCAUUGUCUCCACUUCCGUCGGUCAGUGGCUGUCAACGUUGGGUUUGGCGGAUUACGAGACUCUCUUCGUCAACUCUGGCUUCGACGAUCUGGACUUCAUCAACGGAGUACUAGACGAGGCCGACCUAAAGGACAUGGAGAUCAGCAGCGACCAGGAGCGCGCCGUGAUCAUGGACGCCGUAGGUCUACUGAAUAAACGCGUGGAGAAACGAUCCAGUAGCACUGGGCAAUCGGUGGACGAGUGGUUGAAGAGCAUUCACCUGGAGAAUUACGCGGAGACGUUCAGGAAACACUUGUACACGGACAUGGAUCGUGUAAGACGCGUGUGGGAGGACGAACUGGCGACCGUGUUGGAAAUCCAAAAGCCAGCGCACAGAAAGAGGAUCCUCGCGUCGCUCAACAGCUCCAACGCUCGUGCACAGAAUCGCAAUUGUGCUGGGCCCAACCUGGAGGACCUCAACAAGGACCUGAACACCUUGAAGACGAACAUUCAGCAGCUGAAGGAGGAGAUAAGAGAAAAACUGCCUGAGACAACGACGGAGGUUAAUGUCGUGCCGCCACCGAUAGUUGGAACGAAUUCGACUAGUACUGGCACGGGAACGUUAAGGCAUCGCAAAAACAGACCAGCCCCUCAGCCACCACAGCGACCCAGUUCGCAUAAUGGGGCGAUAUCAGCCCCGGAACAGCUGGAGAUCAGGGCGCCGUCGGAGUUGCUGUUUGGCGUUCCGUCCACCCUGAAGACGCAAUGGAGGCACCAGCCAAGAGCUCUAGUCACGGGAUGCGUUACAUACGUCGCUAACUAUCUGGGCUCAACCGUUGUGAAGGAGUUACGUGGCACAGAAUCAACCAAGAUGUCGAUACAGAAGCUGAAGAAAACCUGCCGCGAGCCUAGAGUCACUCCUGACAUCACACUGGCGAUUUCUUAUCGUGGCGUUCGCUUCCUGAACACAGUAACGAAUGAGCCAAUUUGCGAACACGAAAUUCGCAACAUCCACUGCGCUUGUCAGGACGCCGACGAUCUUACCCAUUUUGCGUACAUCACUAAGGACCAUGCCAGCAGUACGCAUUUCUGUCACGUCUUUUGCGUGCCAACUAUGGACCAAGCAACCGAGGUGAUCCUGACUCUGGGCCAAGCGUUCGAAGUGGCCUAUCAGAUGGCCCUCCGGGACAAGCCAGGUCACACGGUUCGAUCUCAGUCCGCCAAUCAAUUAACAGCGUUCGCCACGAAAUCAGCCGCGACAGCGAAGAUGUCCGUGUCGCCUGAUUCCGCGCCAGACGUCACUCGCGAUCACGAUCACCCUCCAGUGCCCGUUCCAAGCUUGUACUCGACGUGUUCCAACGCCAAACCGAAGCCACGGUCCAAAUCGUCUGCUCCAAUUCCCGUGGUUCAACCCGUGGUCCUCAGUCUUCCUUUGGACGCGAACUCCAACUCCAGUUCCAGCUCCAGCACCGCGAACUGCGCGGGCUCGAAUACGGUCACCAGCCCUAGCGUAAACUCCGUCAGCAGUUCGAACUCCAACACCAGCACCAACCAAACAGCCAAGCCUCUGGUAACACACGGUCGUUCCCAUUCCGUCAACGACAUCAAGCUGAACGGUAACCAGCUGAAGCUGGCCCCAGUGCCCGUCGACGACAUUGGCAUUGGCGUGAAGGACAUGAAGCCAGGCUCCAGAGCACCCAUCGCUUUAUCAGAGGAACUCUAGGUCCUAGGAUUUCGUGAGAUCCGUGGAAAUCACCUGGUCGUCUAGGGAAAGGGUGCGACUAGUUCCCCGAGGUCACGAGGCGCGAUCAUUGCGACGUCUAAGUCGCAGUUGGCUUAGACGAUCGUCCUCCAACUCCUGAACGAAGGUGAUCUUCGUUCGAGGCGGAGCUACGCUUCGAGGAUCUCGAAAAUGUACAUCGGAAGGGUCGACGACUCGUGGACGUUGUUUUUUGAAAUGUUCUUACCUUGGGAACGCGACUGAGGUGUUUGAGCGCCGUUGGGUCGUGUUAAUGGUAGCGAAUUGUAGAACAAGGUAGUCUCCGAACGAAGGUAGCACCAAACGUUAAUCGCGAAGGUAAGAUUCGAGAAGGAUUUUCUAA